AUGAAUAAACAAGUAGAAUCUUAAGAGGGAUUAGGAUACCAUUUGCAAGGAUGUGUUCUUCGUGCUUGUCCGUGCAAUCGUAUGUGCAAUGAUGUGUCUUCUCGUCAGGUAAGUGUGUGUGUGUGUGUGUGUGUGUGUGUGUGUGUGUGAUUUACAUCCAUCCAUGAUCCAUCCAUUUGUCAUGUGUAAACUGUGCUAUAUACCAUUUGUUUGGAGUGAUUCCAUCAGGUAGAAGUAGCCGGGCGGAGGUCGAGCGAGCAUGGACGACUCCAGCAUGUUUAUCCAGUGGGCAAUGGAGACGCUGGAGCAGGAAAAGGACGCGGCCGGCGCCGGAGAUGUCUUCCCGUCGUCACUCCUAGAGCUCGACUCGUCACGCCUAGAGCUCAGCCACUCGGCGGGCCUGCAGAACGGGAUGGACAUGGCUGCCCACCGAUACGGAGCCACGGAUAGCUGGAGCUCGGGCGACAGCGGCGCCGCGGUGGUCGUGGAGAACGACGGCUGGUCGUCCAACUGCAGCACCAACUACCCGGCCGCUAGCUGGAACUUCACCUCGGCCAUACCGCAGCCAGCCAGCAUUAUCAAGACCACCCCGAGCCCGUCCGCCGCUCCCAGCCACGUCGUGCCGGAGCUGGAGCACAGGUCGCCGCCGUCGAGGAAAUCCUCAGGCGCCAGUAGAGGGACGGUGCCGACCGUGCAGGAACACGUCAUGGCGGAGCGGAAGCGCCGGGAGAAGAUCAACCGGCGCUUCAUCGAGCUCUCCACCGUCAUCCCAGGCCUCAAGAAGAUGGAUAAGGCGACCAUCCUGUCCGACGCCGUGAGGUACGUCAAGGAGCAGCAGGAGAAGCUCAAGGCAUUCGAGGACCGCGACGUGAGGAGUAUCGACUCGGUGGUGCUCGUCAAGAGGCCGUGCAUCUCUGGCGUCGAUGAUGGUUGCCCAUCACCGCCGUCAGGAGCAACCAGAGGAGGGCUGCAAACCGCAAGGAUCUCGCUGCCGGAGAUCGAGGCGACGCUCUCUGAGAUCAAUGUCAUGGUAAGGAUCCACUGCGAGGACGGCAAGGGGGUCCUUGUCACGUUGUUAGCUGAGGUCGAGGGGCUCCACCUUACCAUCACGCACACCAACGUUGUAUCUUUCCCGGCUUCCACUCUCAUCGUAAACCUCAUUGCUAAGCUAGAUGAGGGUUUCACCGUCACGGCGGACGACAUUAUACGGAAGCUGGACUCUGCCUUGCGUCGACAUCACAAUGGCAAAUGAUAGUGUCGGGAGAGCAUAAAUAAAACGAGGCCCCCAUAGCUCAACAAAAGUCCCGGUGGCGUUUGUCCGUCCGUAAAGAAAAAGUCCAAUGAGAACCUCGGCCACAUUGUGCAGUGGCGGGACAUGGACUGGCUAGGCGGCAUGUUGGAUUUUGUUUUUGUUUCGCUUGUGGACAUAUCGUGUGCUAUUUGUCCCAAAAGACCCCUUGUUUAUUCUCCUCGUAUUUGGAUGACUUGUAUGGACCGUGGAAUAUUGUUGGAAACGUUCCAACUCUCAAUACAUGAGAUCCCGUGUAUAUAUAUUGAUUGUGAACGAGAGACGUGUUGUGGCGUUA